AUGUUAACAAAAUUCACCGCCCCCCUGAUAUUACUCUUCCUACGUACAGCGAUAUGUACGCCCCUCACCCCCCAUCUCCAAACUCGUCAAUCCGUCACCCCACCACCAGAAUGCGACGUCAUACCUACCUGGGAGGUGACAGAUUUCUUCUGGUUCAACUCCACGCAUAAUUUAGAUUGUGUGAACCAGGUGAACGUUCCCAACGUAUGUUUCAACGCCACCUCUGACGGCCUCAUACCCUGUGACGGCAAUCUCGAUACCUGUGACAGAUGCGACUUAAACGCCUGUCUCACUGGUCUUCCCGGGCAACCCGCUGGUUUCGGCCCUCCAGACGAUAUUAAAAUCGGCAUCAACACUCCUGGCGAAUACAACCAAUGUGAGCAAACCAACCCAGCUGGAUUCCGUCGUUACGACGUCGGCAAUGGAAUUGUCUUCUGUGCAGGAGUAGCGUAUCGAGUUUCCUUCAUCGGCGAUAGCAAUCCCCAUAGUGACGGUUCGCCAAACAAAGGAACGAUUUAUUAUGAGCCGAACUACGAGUGGACUUGUACGAAUGGAAGCGUUAUUAAGGGGUAUGGGAAUAUAGAGUUUGAUAUGGAUUGUUCAUAUGAUUCGGGAUAUAAUGCAACUUGUGUUAUCCCUGAAGGGGCUAAUCGUGUUAUUCCCCUCUUAUCCUAUACAAUCACUUAG